UCGUUUUUGGAGUGAAGGAGCAGGGGGAGGUUACUGUCACAUUGGAAAAUGAGGAGGGAAAAACUGGAGAUCUGAUGAACACCGGAGAGAGGCCAGACUUUCCCUCUGACAGCGGGAAGAGUCCCUCAGGGGAACCAGACCCAGAGACACCCAAACCAGUGAGACCACACCACUGCUCCCACUGUGGAAAGACUUUUACCUGGUUAUCAAAGCUGAAAGAGCACGAGAGAACACACACUGGAGAAAAGCCUUACCAAUGUGCCAUUUGUGGCAAGACUUUUACCCAGUUAGGGGGCUUUCAAUAUCAUGAGCGGACACACAGAGAAAAAAAUACCUACCACUGCUCUCAGAAUGGAACGACAUUUACCCAGUUAGGGAACCUGAAAAAGAACGACAGAAUUCUCACACAGGGAGAGAAGACAAACCACUGCUCCCAGUGCGGAAAGAGUUUUAAAUGGUUAUCCAAGCUGAAAGAGCACGAGAGGACCCACACAGGAGAAAAGCCUUUCCAAUGCUCCCAUUGCGAAAAGAAAUUUAACCAGUCAUCGCAUCUGAAGGAGCAUGAGAGAAUACACACUGGAGAGAGGUCUUUCCAAUGCUCCCAGUGUGGAAAGGGUUUUACCUGGUUAUGGAACCUGAAAACACACGAGAGGACCCACACGGGAGAAAAGCCGUACCAAUGCUCCCUGUGUGGAAAGACGUUUACCCAGUUAGGGGGCUUUAAAUAUCACGAGAGAACACACGCAGAAAAAAAGACCUACCACUGCUCUCAGUGUGAAAAGACAUUUACCCGGUUAGGGAACCUAAAAAAGCAUGAGACAAUACACACACAGGAGGAGACAAUACACACACAGGAGGAGACAAUACACACACAGGAGGAGACAAUACACACACAGGAGGAGACAAUACACACACAGGAGGAGACAAUACACACACAGGAGGAGACAAUACACACACAGGAGGAGACAAUACACACACAGGAGGAGACAAUACACACACAGGAGGAGAAGGCUCCCAGUGCGGAGAGACUUUUAGUCAGUUAGGGAACCUGAAAGAGCAUGAAAUAACACACAAAGGAUAGAAACCAGGGGCGAAUUGGCCACCUGGUAAUUCUGGCAGAUGCCAGAUGGGCUGGACCAUUCUUUAGUUGGGGGCGAAUUGGCCACCUGGUAAUUCUGGCAGAUGCCAGAUGGGCUGGACCAUUCUUUAGUUGGGGGCGAAUUGGCCACCUGGUAAUUCUGGCAGAUGCCAGAUGGGCUGGACCAUUCUUUAGUUGGGGGCGAAUUGGCCACCUGGUAAUUCUGGCAGAUGCCAGAUGGGCUGGACCAUUCUUUAGUUGGGGGCGAAUUGGCCACCUGGUAAUUCUGGCAGAUGCCAGAUGGGCUGGACCAUUCUUUAGUUGGGGGCGAAUUGGCCACCUGGUAAUUCUGGCAGAUGCCAGAUGGGCUGGACCAUUCUUUA